UUUUCUUUUUCCCCCCUUCUCCCAAACAAACUAACGUCGGCGUUAUCCCUUCUUCCCUAAUACCACCGUGGUUUUCUUCAGAUUGGGUCAAGCUUCUUUCACUCACCACUUUUAAAGUUUAAACCCGAAAGAUCUUUUUGCCCCUUUUCUUUCUUUUUAAAAAGUUAGUUUAUCUCAAUUCAAUUGAAAGUUCUGGUUUUAACCAUAAUCGUUAUUAUUAUUAUUAUUAUUAUUAUUAUUAUUAUUAUUAUUAUGUAAUUGAUCAGUUGAUUAAUAAUAAUAGUACUAAUGUUUUCUGUAAAUAAUGAUUUCCUUCUGGAUCGAGCUUCGUAAUGGCGAUUAGUGAAGCUUCCCAGCUGUGUAUGAGAUUUAUCUUCAGGAAUAGGAUGCAUCGUGUCUGGUUUCGGAUGUUCAUGUUUAAGGAAAGAUCUCUCUGGUGUUUACGGUUACAUCUCUGACGUUACUUUUGGCGUGCUUAACCGUCUUGGAUUCAAUUUUUUAAGUAAACCCGAGUCAAAUCUCGGAACUUCUCUCAGGUGAGAACUGAGAAGAGCUUAAAAGGUUUUUGUUUCGGGGCGCUAUGGAUAUUUGUCCAGGCUGUGUGUGAAUAUAAAAUCUUGCCAAAUAUAUGUUAUUGUAGUUUUUUAUUUUUAUUUUUUACUUUCAUUAAUUAAUCUAGUGGUUUACAGUUGUGUUUGGGUUGGUUGGGUGUUUGUGAGAACUAUACGCUCGUUUGCUGCACUUUUGGAUGAGGACGAGUCAUAAUCGUUGCAAAUUAGGGCCUUUUGGAUGACAAGGGAAGUCCAGAUGAGUGUUGAUGGCGAUGAGGAAGAGCUGAAAGAACUGAGCCAGCGCUUACGUGAUGGGAAGAGGACGUUUCCGGAUGGGGUUGCCAGUGAAGGACAAGGUUUACACGAGAAUGAUGGAGCAAAAUGUAAUGGAGUUGGUGAAGAUGUUAAGGUUGGAGGACAGGGAGGGACCGUGGAAUCCUCUUCCGUCCUGCAGCAUGUGCCACAGCAACAGCCUCAAGGGGCAGUGAUUUGUUGGGAGAGGUUUUUACAUAUAAGAUCUCUUAAGGUCUUGCUUGUGGAGUAUGAUGACUCGACGCGCCAUGUUGUUACUGCAUUGCUACGCAAUUGUAGCUAUGAAGGUUGAUUUGCUGAACCAGAAGAUAGUGCUCAGACUGAAUUUGGUUAAGGAAUCAAGUAUGGUGUAGGGAACGAGAUAGUACCCAGAGAAGAAGUAUAUCCUUUGAAGCAUGAAAGUUAUUGAAGCCGCAAAUGGGUUGCAAGCUUGGAAGAUUUUGGAGAAUUUAACCAAUCAUGUUGACCUUGUUUUAACUGAAGUAGCAAUGCCUGGCUUAUCCGGCAUUGGUCUCUUAUGCAAGAUUAUGAGCCACAAGACACGGAAAAACAUUCCAGUAAUUAUGAUGUCAUCUCGUGACUCUAUGGGUUUAGUCUUCAAGUGUUUGUCAAAGGGUGCUGUUGACUUCCUAGUCAAACCCGUAAGGAAGAAUGAGCUUAAAAACCUUUGGCAGCAUGUUUGGAGGAGAUGCCAUAGUUCCAGUGGCAGUGGCAGUGAAAGUGGCACACAAACCCAGAAGUCAGUAAAAUCAAAGAGUCUUGAGAAAUCUGAUAAUAAUUCUGGAAGCAACGAUGAAGAUGAUAAUGGAAGUAUAGGCCUGAAUAAUGGGGAUGGAAGUGACAAUGGCAGUGGCACUCAGAGCUCCUGGACCAAACAAGCUGUAGAAGUUGAUAGUCCCAAACCAGUUUCCCGGUGGGAUCAAAUAGCCGAGUGCCCUGAUAGCACAUGUGCUCAGGUUGUUCACUCCAAUGCUGAAAUAUGUGGAAUAAAGAUGGUUCCUCCAUCUACAAAGGAGGGUCAAGAACAAAAUGAACGUCUUAUCAAAGCUGCGGGUUCAAAACAUAGCAAUACAAUUGAUGUAGGGCCCUCAAAAUUCAAUGAUCAAAGGAAUAGAGGACAGCAGGAUAAUUGUGGGAAUCAAUCUAACAACCGUAGCUGCAAAGGUCCUUCACUGUCUGAUGCCAUCACUAGCACUUCUGGAUCUCAGAUGCAUACAGCAGAAUUUGGAGCCAAAGAUAGAAGACCCAGGUCCUUAGACAUUGAAAAUAAAUGCACUAUUGAUGCUAAGGACUUACCAUCUCUUGAGCUUAGUUUAAAGAGGCUUAGAGGAGUUAAAGAUGCUGGCAUUACAAUUCAGGAUGAACGGAAUGUUUUAAGACGUUCUGACCUUUCUGCCUUCUCAAGGUAUAAUGCAGCCUCUAACACUAAGAAGUCGCCCACUAGAUAUGCUGGAAGCAAUUCUCCACAUGAUAAUAGCCUAGAAGUUACAAAGAGGGAUUCAUCUCGUGACAUUCAGUCACAUUCUAGUGGCAAUCCUCCUAAUCAAAAUUCAAAUGGUGCUAGCAAUAACAAUGAUAUGGGUUCUACUACUAAUAAUGCUUUUACAAAAUCUGCAGUCAUAAGUGAGCCAGCAGUGGCAUCAACAACAAAAUGUUUGUACCAAUCAUCUGCUUUCCAGCCUGUAAAGAGCAACCUUAAGUGUACCUCCCAAACAGUUGUUUUACAUAAUACUGAAGAUCCAACAGCAACAAUGCUGGUACCAACUAGGGUAGACACUCACAAGGAUUUGACAACUAAGGACUUCCGUCACCAUUAUGAAAACCAGAACAUCAUUGCUAACAACAUGAAGCACCAGCUUCAUCCUGAUCAUGAUGCUGAAUCAUCAAAGAAAUUAGCUGCUGCUGCUGCUCCACAUUGUGGUUCUUCAAACGCAGUUGAAGGUAAUAUUGGAAAUUUUAGUCUCAACAGAAGUGCUUCAGGCAGCAACAAUGGGAGCAAUGGACAAAAUGGAAGCAGCACAGCAGUUAUUGCUGGAGGGACAAACAUAGAAAGCAACAAUCCACUUGCUGGGAAUAGUGGAAGUGGUGAUGCUAGUGGGAGUGGAAGUGCCAACAAGGUAGAUCAAAAGAAGAGUUCUCAUAGGCAAGCAGCCUUAACUAAGUUUCGUCAGAAAAGGAAUCAGAGAAAUGAGAGAUCCUUUCAUAAAAAGGUUCGAUAUCAAAGCAGAAAGAAAUUAGCUGAACAGCGACCGCGAUUCCGUGGCCAAUUCAUACGGCAGUCGUCUAGUGAAACUGCAAGUGAUGCAACAGAAAAGUGACACACGGAAUUUGCCAGUACGCUGUGUGAUGGGGAUAUGGUAGAGAAAGGUCAAAGAGCCGUCAUGUAGAAAUUUGGGGAAUUGUUCGGUUUCUUGGGUGUAUUUGUUGUGUUCAAUGUACAACGGACUGUUUAAUUUAUGCCAACUUGUUCAUUUGAAACCUGAAUCAAUUUAUGUUGUGGAGAAACAUUGUUAUUAUGCUUGGAAAAAUUCACAUUCAGCGACCGUAUAAUCUAAUGCGUUCUCAUUGA